AUGGAACAUAGAAGAUUGCGCAAAGGGCCGCUGCCUGGAGGUCGUCAGGGCGCGUCUGGAGCUGGCGCUGGACGCGACAGCAUGCGAACCGCCAGCCGAGCGCGAGGUGCUGCACGACCACCCAGCAGCCCCUCGCAUCCAUCAUCCCCACCAGCUUGCUUGGUGUCGGCAGGGUCUUCGCAGGCCCAGCAAUCGGCACCCGCCACUGGUGGAGUACGCCGCAUGCGAUGGACCAUCAAUAUGAAUUCAAACGCAUUGCGGGCGUAUUUUAGGGCGAAAGGGGGAGAAAUUGGAGGUUUCGCGUAUCGGGCUAGGAUGCAUCGUCUUUUUAUUGAGCUGGAGCCAUCUAUUACUGUCACCGAGCAAAACCUGGCAGACCGAGUUCGGUAUAUCUUACGCUCAAAUAUAUUUGAUGGCGCCGAACUCGAACGGCUACGACGUGAGGCUGUUCCCUCAUCAAAUGAAAACGCUACGACUGAGGGUGCGGUGCCACAAGUUGCAGAACAACCCGCACACGUGGAUGCCGCCGAGAAUACCCCAGUGGUUGCUGAUUCAAAUGAUGAAGGAACAUUCACCCAGGAACUAGAAAUAGAGCAAAUGAGGAGUACAUUGGAAGAGGCGAUUAUGGAAACGCGCAGUACGCCUCUCGAAAAUCGACCGCGACUUCCCCGCAUAGCCCUAAGCAAGCGGAAUCGGGCUGUCGUGAGGGCUCUGAACCCAAUGCUGGUGACCUAUUUGGAAGCCAGCCGGGACCUUUGCGAGACGGACUCAAUUCUCUUUGGCGCCGCACUGGCAGUCUGCCGUAUUAUAGGCGCCAAACUUUCCACGGCUGGACGCACUACUGGACAAAGUAGUGCUAUCCCAGCCUGGAGAACAAGAAUUGAAGAAUGUAUCGCAAAAACUAGGGCCCUCAUCGGCAGACUGAUAUGCUUCAGGUCAGACAAUACCAGGCCAAGGAUUGUGCGCACCGUCAAGAUGGCAUUUGCUGGGAAAAAUGUUAGUUUGUCCCAGCCGGAUAUAAUGCAAAAACUGACGGAGCGCAUAGACGACCUGAAGCAGAGAAUCGCUGCUUGGGGAAAGCGAAUUCGGCGAUAUACCGAGAGGUCGACACGGUUCAACCAGAAUCGUCUCUUCCAGAGUGAUCAGAAGAGGCUCUAUAAAUCAUUGGAGCGACCAAUGGUAAGUGGAACGGGCCCAGUAACGAAUCAGGCCGACACGGUCGCGUUCUGGCGCAGCCUGUGGUCAGAGCCCGUAAACCACAACGAGGGCCCUUGGACGGAAGUUGUGGCGAGUCAGUGUGCGGGUAUUACGCCCAUGGACCCCGUCACCAUAACGCCGGAUGACGUAGCUGAGGCGGUCCGUAGGGCCCCGAACUGGAAAAGUCCGGGACUCGACGGGCUGCAUCACUACUGGCUGAAGGGGGCGAAAGGGGGAGAAACUGGAUGUUUGGCGUAUCGGGCUAGGAUGCACCGUCUUUUUGCUGAGCUGGAGCCAUCUUUACCCGUCACAGAGCAAAACCUGGCAGACCGAGUUCGGUAUAUCUUGCGCUCAAGUAUAUUUGAUGUCGCCGAACUCGAACGGCUACGACGUGAGGCUGUUCCCUCGUCGGAUGAGAAUGCUACGGCUGAGGAUGCGGCGCCACAAAUGGUAGAGCAACCCGCAAACGUGGAUGCCGCCGUGAAUACCCCAGUUGUGGUUGAUUCAAACGAUGAUGGAACAGUCGCCCAGGAACUGGAAUUAGAGCAUAAGAGGAGUACAUUGGAAGAGGCGAUUGUGGAAACGCGCAGUACGCCUCUCGAAAAUCGACAGCGACUUCCCCGCAUAGCCCUAAGCAAGCGGAAUCGGGCUGUCGUGAGGGCUCUGAACCCAAUGCUGGUUACCUAUUUGGAAGCCAGCCGGGACCUUUGCGAGACGGACUCAAUUCUUUUUGGCGCCGCGCUGGCAGUCUGCCGUAUCAUAGGCGCCAAGGUUUCCACGGCUGGACGCGCUACUGGCCAUAGUAGCGCUAUCCCAGCUUGGAGAAGAAGAAUUGAGGAACGUAUCGCAAAGGCUAGAGCUCUCAUCGGCAGACUGAUAUGCUUCAGAUCGGGCAACAACAGGCCAAGAAUUGUGCGCACCGUCAGGAUGGCGUUUGCUGGGACAAAUGUCAGUUUGUCCCAGCCGGAUAUAACGCAAAAACUGACGGAGCGCAUAGAUGAUCUGAAGCAGAGAAUCGCUGCUUGGGGAAAGCGGAUUCGGCGAUAUACCGAGAGGUCGACACGGUUCAACCAGAAUCGUCUCUUCCAGAGUGAUCAGAAGAGGCUCUAUGAAUCAUUGGAGCGACCAAUGGUAAGUGGAACGGGUCCAGCACCGAAUCAGGCCGACACUGUAGCAUUCUGGCGCGGCCUGUGGUCAGAGCCCGUAAACCACAGCGAGGGCCCUUGGACGGAAGUUGUGGCGAGUCAGUGUGCGGGUAUUACGCCCAUGGACCCCGUCAUCAUAACGCCGGAUGACGUAGCUGAGGCGGUCCGUAGGGCCCCGAACUGGAAAAGUCCGGGGCUUGACGGGCUGCAUCACUACUGGCUGAAGGGGUUCAUGGUGUGUCACUCUGUGCUCGCCCGACAGUUUCAAGAGGCUCUCAACCAGAAGUCGCUCCCAAGCCUCUUCACUACUGGGAUCACUCAUUUGGUUCCUAAAGACCAGGGUACCACAGACCCGAGCAAAUACCGCCCCAUCACGGCAAAAGGGGAAGAAACUGGAUGUUUGGCGUAUCGGGCUAGGAUGCAUCAUCUUUUUGCUGAGCUGGAGCCAUCUUUAACCGUCACAGAGCAAAACCUGGCAGACCGAGUUCGGUAUAUCUUGCGCUCAAAUAUAUUUGAUGUCGCCGAACUCGAACGGCUACGACGUGAGGCUGUUCCCUCGUCGGAUGAGAAUGCUACGGCUGAGGAUGCGGCGCCACAAAUGGUAGAGCAACCCGCAAACGUGGAUGUCGCCGUGAAUACCCCAGUUGUGGUUGAUUCAAACGAUGAUAGAACUGUCGCCCAGGAACUGGAAUUAGAGCAUAUAGCAUAUAGUACAUUGGAAGAGGCGAUUGUGGAAACGCGCAGUACGCCUCUCGAAAAUCGACCGCGACUUCCCCGCAUAGCCCUAAGCAAGCGGAAUCGGGCUGUCGUGAGGGCUCUGUACCCAAUGCUGGUGAUCUAUUUGGAAGCCAGCCGGGACCUUUGCGAGACGGACUCAAUUCUUUUAGGCGCCGCGCUGGCAACCUGCCGUAUCAUAGGCGCCAAGGUUUCCACGGCUGGACACGCUACUGGCCAUAGUAGGGCUAUCCCAGCAUGGAGAAGAAGAAUUGAGGAACGUAUCGCAAAGGCUAGAGCUCUGAUCGGCAGACUGAUAUGCUUCAGAUCAGGCAACAACAAGCCAAGAAUUGUGCGCAUCGACAGGAUGGCGUUUGCUGGGACAAAUGUCAGUUUGUCCCAGCCGGAUAUAACGCAAAAACUGACGGAGCGCAUAGAUGAUCUGAAGCAGAGAAUCGCUGCUUGGGGAAAGCGGAUUCGGCGAUAUACCGAGAGGUCGACACGGUUCAACCAGAAUCGUCUCUUUCAGAGUGAUCAGAAGAGGCUCUAUGAAUCAUUGGAGCGACCAAUGGUAAGUGGAACGGGUCCAGCACCGAAUCAGGCUGACACUGUAGCAUUCUGGCGCGGCCUGUGGUCAGAGCCCGUAAACCACAGCGAGGGCCCUUGGACGGAAGUUGUGGCGAGUCAGUGUGCGGGUAUUACGCCCAUGGACCCCGUCAUCAUAACGCCGGAUGACGUAGCUGAGGCGGUCCGUAGGGCCCCGAACUGGAAAAGUCCGGGGCUUGACGGGCUGCAUCACUACUGGCUGAAGGGGUUCAUGGUGUGUCACUCUGUGCUCGCCCGACAGUUUCAAGAGGCUCUCAACCAGAAGUCGCUCCCAAGCCUCUUCACUACUGGGAUCACUCAUUUGGUUCCUAAAGACCAGGAACGCGCAAAGGGCCGCUGCCUGGAGGUCAACAGGGCGCGUCUGGAGCUGGCGCUGGACGCGACAGCAUGCGAACCACCAGCCGAGCGCGAGGUGCUGCACGACCACCCAGCAGCCCCUCACAUCCAUCAUCCCCACCAGCUGGCUUGGUGUCGGCAGGGUCUUCGCGGGCCCAGCAAUCACACCCGCCACUGGUGGAGUACGCCGCAUUCGUUGGACAACCCAGAUGAACAGCAACGCAUUGCGGGCGUAUUUUAG